AUGAAUACCUUCGAAUUCAGUAAUACUUGGUCACUCACUUACCUCCGUCCGACUAUACCCCCAGACCUCUGGGACGCAAUCCGCGAAGUUGAACUUCGCUGGGCCUUCCCGGGCCACUGGCUCCCUAGCAAGGACCCCGUCAAGACGAUCUACUUCUCCGCUGGCCGGCAGCAGUGGGUUGAGACUUGCAAGGCCUUGACGCGGAUGAAGAGUCUUCAGUUAUUCACGCUCCACCUGAGCGGCAGCUGGUUCUGCGAACCGGUGGAGAAACUCCCGGUUUUCCUGGAACCGUUGCGAGAUCUGAACCUAAAGCAAAGGUGGAAGCUGCAGUUACCCAAGCAGCCGUAUUAUGUCAAGGAGGUCCGGAAUAUAGAUGGGGAUCUGCGUAAGAGAGGUAUUGAUUGUUUGGUUUGGGUGGCGUAA